CCAUGUCCUUUGGUGAAGAUGUAUGAUUAUAUAGUGCUAGAGGUACUUACUUAUCUUGGAAUCCGAGAUGGGGAUUCCAGACUAUCGUUUGCGAUGGUAUCUCGGAACAGAAUAUGGUAAAACCAGAGACUAGCCGCUCGAUCUCACGCAGUUAAUUUCCUCCGCGCCGUGCAAAAGACUCGCAAACAUGCGCUGGGGUAAAUACUUCGCGGCCCUUCUAGCCGCGGCCAUCGCAUCCGUCAAGGUAGCCGCCUCCGCGCCCUCGUCGGCGGCGUUUACGUACGACCGGACCACAUUCUACCUCCAUGGUUCGCCGUACGUCAUCAUCGGGGGCCAGAUGGAUCCCCAGCGCGUCCCAGCGCCGUACUGGCGGGACCGGCUCGCGAAAGCACGGGCAAUGGGUCUGAACACCAUAUUCAGCUACGUGUACUGGAACCUCCUGGAGCCGAGUCCGGGGGAAUGGAAUAACGACAAGGGGAAGAGCGCGGAUAUCAGCGGUAUCAGUAAUGAUGUCGCAGCGUUCUUCCGCAUCGCGCAGGAGGAAGGGCUGAAUGUCAUCCUAAGACCGGGCCCGUAUAUCUGCGGCGAGAGGGAAUGGGGAGGGUUCCCCGCGUGGCUGGCAAAGGUAUCUGGGAUGCGAGUGCGCUCGUCCAAUGCGCUGUUCAUGGAGGCCGCGGAGAAGUAUCUCGUGCGUCUCGCGGCUGACCUCGCGGAUUUGCAAGUCACGCGUGGCGGCCCGUUGCUGAUGGUGCAGGUGGAAAACGAGUACGGCUCGUACGGCGAGGACCACGCGUACACGACGGGCCUGCGGGAUAUCCUGCGCGCCAACUUCGAGGUGCCGCUGUACACGAACGAUGGCGGCGUUGACUGGACGCUCGCGGGCGGCGAGGUACCCGAGGUGCUGGCUGAGAUUGACGGCGACCCGUGGAGUGGGUUCGCGGCGCGCGACAAAUAUAUCACAAACGAGAGUGAGCUUGGGCCCCUGAUGGAUGGGGAGUACUACACGCUCGCGCCGGACUUCUGGGGCGCCGACAACGUGCACAACACAACCGUGGGCAGACCAUCGCAGAUCGCGCAGUUCGUGACGGAUUUGGACCACGUGCUCGGGGCCAACAAUUCCAUCUCGCUGUACAUGUUCCACGGCGGGACGAACUUCGGGUUCUCGAACGGGGCGAUCUGGAAGAACUUCACGGCGAGCUUCACGACGAGCUACGACUACGGAUCGCCGCUUGACGAGAGCGGACGCACGAACGAGCUGUAUUUCACGCUGCGGGAUACCAUCUUGAAAUACGUGCCGCCAGAGACCGUCCCCGAACCCCCUGAGAAUCUACCUCGGCUGGAGAUCCCCGCGUUCGAACUCGCGCCAUGGACUGGGUUGUUCGAUACCCUCGGCAAGCCGAUGGUGAGCAAGACGCCUGUGACAAUGGAAGAGCUGGGACAGGCGUACGGGCUUAUUCUAUACGAGCACACGGCCAGAACUACAGUGAAGGGGGUAUUACAGCCCGGGGACCGAGCGAGGGAUCGCGUGAUCGUGUACGUGAACGGCGUGAAGAAAGGAGUCAUCGACAGCACGUACUCCCGGCCGGCACAAGUCUCCGUGUCAUUACUACCAGGCGACAAUCUACAGCUCCUCGUCGAGAACCUAGGCCGCGUUGACUACUGGUCCCGAGAAUCAGGGACGUUCGUAGCGCUUGAGGAUCCGUACAAGGGCAUACUGGGAGACGUCACAGUCGGCUCACGAGCGCUCGAAGGCUGGAAGAUAUAUUGCCUGCCCCUAGAGGCGCCGCCGUCGUCAGCUGGGAACCAGACACGUCUUCCCAGGACAGAAGCAGGUUCCCCGCCCGUCUUCUACCGCGCGACGUUCGACAUGGACAUGGACGCGGAGGACGACACGGACCCGGCGCUGCUGGACACGUUCCUGGCUGUGCCGGACGGCGUCAAGGGCAACGUUUGGGUCAACGGGUUCAACCUGGGCCGGUAUUGGAUCAUUGGGCCGCAGCAGUCGUUGUAUUUGCCGGGGACAGUGCUGAAACCGGUGGGGGCGAAUGAGGUUGUGAUCCUCGAGUUAGAGCCACGGGUGGAUACGUUGAGCGUGUUUGGGGCGGCGGAGAGGGAAUGGGGGAAUUACCCUGAUCCUGACUAUCCGUAGCGUAGCACAAGUGUUAUAAGUAGGCAUGCAUAUCGUCGACAUUCAACAUAGGUUGUACAGCAUCAUCUCAUUCAUCUUCUAGGUACAUAGGGCUUCCUACUUAGGGAUACCGUACGUAGGAAUAUGUAAGUGUGUGCCAAUGUUGUAUUUGUUGUACAAUAGGUAAUUCAAUAGUGGGCGACAAGGUUGGUUGGCAAGGGAUCGGUUGGUCUUCUAAGAAGACUAGAAUGACUGGCGGCUAUCUAGUGCCCUGUUGUA